CCCGUGCCCCCCCCCCCCCCCGACUUCUCCAUCAAGAUCAACAACACUAUCAUCAGUCCCACCCCUCAUGCCAGGCUACUAGGUUGGGGGAGUGGAGGAAUAGUGCCCCAUCGUUGGUGUCAGUGGGGGGGAGGAAAAGUGCCCCAUCGUUUGUGUCAGUGGGGGGGAGGAAUAGUAUCCCAUGAUUGGUGUCAGUGGGGGGUGGGAAUAGUGCUCCAUGAUUGGUGUCAGUGGGGGGUGGAAUAGUGCCCCAUCAUUGGUGUGGGGGGGGGGGGGGGGAAUAGUGCCCAAUCGUUGGUGUCAGUGGGGGGGAGGAAAAG